UGCCGUCGCCGUUGCCGCAUCGGUGCCAGUCGUGCGUCUUCGGUCUGCGGUCUCGCGCGCCCGCUUACUUUCCCCGCCCGGCGUCUUGCCCGUGGCCAACAAGUGGCGUUCGCUCGCUUCGUCUCGCGCUCAUACUUCUCGCAACUUCCCGCGGCGCCGCGCGCGCUCCGCUCGUACUUUAAAAUUUGUUCGCGCGUUAUAAACUUUUCAACGGUUCGUGUUCGUGUGGCGUGUCUUACUUAGUGGCGUGUUAGGUUCGCGACCGGCGCUGGAGUCGAUGCACCUCCCGCACGCCAGACCACCCGCCCUCAGCAUGGCUGACGUGUACUCGCACAUCCACGAGUACUACCGGCAGAGCCACGGUGAGCUGGUGCAGACCGGCUCACCCGCCGUGUUGUGUUCUUCGCUGCCUGGCCACUGGCGCUCCAACAAAUCGUUGCCGGUCGCUUUUAAGGUGGUUGCGCUGGACGAUGUGCAGGACGGAACGCUGGUCACCAUCAAAGCCGGAAACGACGAGAAUGUCAUGGCCGAGUUAAGGAACUGCACCGCAGUCAUGAAGAAUCAAGUGGCCAAAUUCAACGACUUGAGAUUUGUAGGUCGCAGUGGUCGAGGAAAAUCCUUCACGCUGACGAUCACCAUUAGUACCUUUCCCAGCCAAGUGGCCACCUACUGCAAAGCCAUCAAAGUCACCGUCGAUGGCCCAAGAGAACCCAGAACCAAACAAAACUACGGCUAUGGCCACCCCGGAGCGUUCAAUCCGUUCCUACUGAACCCGGGUUGGUUCGAUGCUGCAUACCUCAACUACGCCUGGGCCGACUACUUCCGACCGCCUAUGAGAGAACAAACCGCAGCUCUCGUUAAAGGUUCCGCGCCGAUACCUACUCCGCCUGUCACGUUACCCGGUUCCGAACUCUUCCCGUUCCCGCCGGCGAUGGCCAACCUGCCACCAGCGGGGCUGUUACCCCCGCCUGGCGCAUUUUUACCACCGAACGGACUUCUGCCUUUCGCGCCGCAUCCUGCUGACCUGACAUUAAAAUCUCUACCAAGUGAGCUGGCUCUCAAGAAUGGUGUAAACCCUUACGAAGCACUGAGACAUUUGCAAAGCGUUUCAUCGAUGGAUACGUCUAGCGCUCGCUUAUCUCCAACGAGCAGUAGACAAAGCGGUAGCCCUAGAAGUAUUGUCAACGCCAGUCCGAGAUCUAAAGCAGAUUCAAAGUCAGAAGUCAACUCGACGCAUGAGGCGACAAUUUCUGACGAAUCAGACGAAGAGCCGAUCGAGGUCGUUAAAUCAGCUUUCCACCCAGCAAGGCCGGCAAAUGUGGAGCUACAGGAGAUGAAACAGGUUCAAGCUGCGGACUCCACGGUGUCUGACAGGCCGAGGCUACGGAAUGAUUUGAAGGCACCCUCAGCGAGGACGACAAGGGCGCUAUCAACUAGUCCGACAUCAACAAAAAUCAGUAAUGGCACGAUACCCUCCCACAAAUCAGUGUGGCGGCCAUAUUGAAAUUCCAAUGACUAAUUAUAUUCAGUCUCAAAAUAGAGACGUUGUGAAAUGUGAUAAACAAUGAGCUU